UUUACCAUCAGGUUCUCUAUAUAAACCAAGGCGCGCGACAACAAGUGUUAUUACAUCAAGCAAAACAAAACAAAAUACAAAGUACAAGUGGAAGCUUUAAAACAAGAGCGAGAGAGAAAAAUGGCGACGUCGGGAACAUACGUGACAGAGGUACCGUUGAAAGGAACGGCGGAGAAACACUACAAGAGGUAUAGGAACGAGAAUUAUCUCUUCCCCGACGUUGUCGGCCACCUCAUCCAAGGUGUUACUGUUCACGAUGGCGAAUGGGACUCUCACGGAGGCAUCAAGAUUUGGAACUUCACAUUGGAUGGAAAGCAAGAGGUAUUCAAGGAGAAGAGAGAGAUAGACGAUGAGAAUAAGACAUUGAAGGUAAUUGGACUGGAAGGUCACGUGAUGGAGCAGUUCAAGGUGUAUGAAAUCGACUUCCAAUUUAUACCCAAGUCAGAAGAUGAUUGCGUCUGCAAAAUCACUAUGAUAUGGGAGAAGCACAACGAUGAGUUCCCCGAACCAGGCGGCUACAUGCGACUCCUCAAAAGCAUGGUUGUUGACAUGGAAGACCACGUGCUCAAAGCUUAAUCAACAACAUCAUCAUCAUCAUCAUCAUCACAAUCACCAUCAUCCCAAUAUAUUAUGUUGUUUUCAAUUAUGUAUGAUAAAUGGUGUUCAUUUCUUAAUAUGGUACUGUUUGGUUUUCAAUUCAACCAUAUAAUAUAUUAGUGGGGUCUUGUGGAGUUAGGCAUCACCAUAAUUCCUUUA